UUGNUUGAAUUUAUUUUUGUUCCUUUUCCACGGUUUAUCGCCUGCGCAUUAAGUUACGAUCUGGUCGGUUUCUGGGUACUUGACAGGGACUUUGCCGAAAGAUAUACUGGGAAAAUUAUGUUGGGGCUUAUAAGGCAAACAGCGGCCUGCAAAGGCAAUCAUGCUUUGAUGAGUUUGGACCAAGCAAUUCGAGCGAUAGGGUCAAGGACGUUUUCUUCUUCUGCCAAGGAGAUGACAGUUCGUGAUGCUUUAAAUUCAGCACUUGAUGAAGAGAUGUCUGCUGAUCCCAAAGUUUUUCUAAUGGGUGAAGAGGUAGGCGAGUAUCAGGGUGCUUAUAAGAUCUCCAAAGGGCUGCUGGACAAAUAUGGACCUGAGAGGGUUCGCGAUACACCCAUCACUGAGGCUGGGUUUGCUGGAAUUGGAGUUGGUGCUGCUUAUUAUGGAUUAAGGCCUGUGGUAGAGUUUAUGACUUUUAACUUCUCCAUGCAGGCAAUUGAUCACAUCAUAAAUUCUGCUGCGAAAUCAAACUACAUGUCUGCUGGUCAGAUAUCAGUUCCUAUUGUUUUCAGAGGUCCAAAUGGUGCUGCUGCUGGCGUGGGUGCUCAACAUUCUCAGUGCUAUGCAGCAUGGUAUGGCUCCAUUCCUGGAUUAAAAGUACUUGCUCCUUAUUCUUCAGAAGAUGCUCGUGGGCUUCUUAAAGCUGCUAUUAGGGAUCCAGAUCCUGUUGUCUUCCUUGAAAAUGAAUUGCUAUAUGGUGAGUCGUUUCCUGUCUCGGCGGAAGUUCUUGAUUCUAGUUUCUGUCUACCUAUUGGGAAAGCUAAGAUAGAACGUGAGGGAAAUGAUGUAACAAUCACUGCUUUCUCAAAGAUGGUUGGCUAUGCCCUUCAGGCUGCUGAGAUUCUUGCAGCAGAAGGGAUUAGCGCCGAGGUUAUAAAUCUUCGCUCCAUUCGCCCUCUCGACCGAGCUGCAAUAAAUGCAUCUGUCAGGAAAACAAAUAGGCUUGUGACUGUUGAAGAAGGAUUUCCGCAGCAUGGAGUUGGUGCUGAGAUCUGUGCUACUGUUGUGGAAGAUAGCUUUGAAUAUCUUGAUGCGCCUGUUGAGAGGAUUGCAGGGGCUGAUGUACCCAUGCCUUAUUCUACAGAUCUUGAAAGAUUGGCUGUUCCUCAGGUUCAAGACAUUGUUCGUGCAGCAAAGAGGACCUGCUUCAGGUCACGUUAAGCGGCCAGAACUAAUCAGAGUUACUAUGCGGCGGCUAAAAUAGUUCCUGCAGAUUAUUCUGUUCAAAUUAUUCUUUUUAUAUCAGUUUUUUUGCCUUGUUCAUCAUUUUCCUUUCAAAACUUCUAAAUCUUUGGCCGCAAAUCGAGUCUGACAUUUCUGAAAGUGUUGAGAGGAUUUUGAUCACGGUAAUGUUAGAGAAUGCAAAAACUGUAAAACAGUGAUUUUGAUUGAAACCAAUGAAGAUAGGAAUAAGAGAAGUUUCUG